UUUUUUUUUUUUGUGUGUGAGUUUUUCUUUUUUACUUGCGAUGGAUAAGAAGCAUGCCUCAUGCAUGAACAUGCAUACUAAUCGGAACGUGAAGCUGCUCAUCGAGAAAUUCGAAGGUAUGGGCGAGCGCAAGGUGGAGCUGGUAACGGGCAAGAAAUCGGACUUGAAUAUACAAUCGCUGACUGGACGUGUGGCCGAGACGGUGGCCAAAUUUGAGCAUUGCAGUUUCUUGGGGCAUUCGCGGAUCCAGCUAACAUGUGGAGAUCAAGCCACCGAGCGCUGGCUGGCCGAACUGAAACAAAAGAUGCUCGGCACAGUAGCUCAGUCGUCUCAGAUUGCGGUGGUGAUUGAGGAGCAGCAACAGGAAACUGGGCAAAAGAUCCACAAUGAAUGCCUAGACUUGGAUGUGGAUAGAUCCAAGCACAAGCUAUCGUUGGAUUGCUCAAGCACAAGCAUUUUCAAUCCCAACUUUGACCUAACGGCAAUACCCAGCUUCAAUGGCUUUGAGUUCUCUAGCCCAUUGAUGCUCUGUUCCCUAUCUCGUCAGGUGAUGCGGAGUGUCUAUUCGUGCGGCCGAGCCUUAGUUGCACUUGGUAAAUGGCUCGCACACGUCUGGUGCCGCUUUCUACCAUCGAUUGGACGCAGCGACAGUUCCAUAAAAAUGCUCUAUCAAAAUUAGACCCUUACCACCAGUAGUUCGCAAUUUAGUUAGUUUUUACGAUUGGAUCCCAAACCAAGGUCACGGCUGGGACGAUAACCCAAUUUUCAUGUACGUCUCGUGAGACCAUUACAAAUUAUAGUGUAUGUUGAAAAAUUUUCGAUUACGUUAAA